UGGUGUGCCGUAAACACGCAGCUGGUAAACUUUUACCGUGAAUUAACUCAGCACUUGUGACUGAAAACAGCAGAAAUCUGUCUCAUUAGUGACCUUAAUUUGGUAGAGAAUGACUGAACGGAGGAGCAAGGAAAGGAAAAGACCCGAGAAACAAGUUUAAAACUAGAGACCAUCUUGUGAUGGGAUCAUACCUGCUGCGACACCCUGCAACAUGUUUUGUGAUUGUAUCUUGCUCAGUUGUGACACUAUGGCGGUGAAUAUCUAUCCACAGACAGACAGACAUAUAAACACGUGCCAAAAUACUCAAAACCACCUUUGUGGUAGUUCCUGCUACAGUAGAUGUCUCCAGGACCACAUUUUCCCAUGACGCACACAAACAGACUCACAAGAUGAAAAUAACAGCAGCCACACUGUCACAGCUGGAAAGAAAUUAUAUUUACUAGUUGUUUAGGUUGCUAAGACAGGGAAGACAAAAUUGAUGUUUUUACUUUGGUAUGUCAAUGAUGAUUUUGCUGUGUCAGACCCCCACAAGUCUGAGAGACACGUACAUGAGAGUCACGGCCACCAAAUAACAACCUCAUCUGAGCAUGGAGAGAAAAGGGAGGAGGAAGAGCAUGCAGAAAGAAAAGUUCCCCAUCAGCCUGAGGAACACUUACAUGAGACACAUCAUGGCCACAAAACAACAACCUCAUCUGAGCAUGGGGAGAAAAGGGAGGAGGAGGAGGAGAAAGAAAGAAAAGCCCACCACAUGUUCGAGGGACACAUACACGAGUCUCAUGGCCACAAAACAACAGCCUCAUCUGAGCACGGAGAGAUAAGACAUGAGGAUGGGCAUACAGAAAGAAAAGCAGAAAGGACAGUUUCCCACAAGUCUGAGGGACACAUACAUGAGACUCAUGGCCACAAAACCACAACCUCACCUGAGCACGGGGAGAGAAGACAUGAGGAGGCACAUACAGAAAGAAAAGCUGAAUGGAGAGUCCCCCACAAGUCUGAGGAGCACGUACACGAGACGCACCAUGGCCACAAAACCACAACCUCAUCUGAGCACGGGGAGCAUGGGGUGAAAAGGCAUGAAGACGCACAUAAAGAAAGAGGAGUCUCCCACAACUCUGAGGAACAUGCGCAUGAGACUCAUGGCCACAAAACCACAACCUCAUCUGAGCAUGGAGAGAGAAGGCACGAGGAUGCUCACACAGAAAGAAAAGCUGAAUGGAGAGUCCCCCACAAGUCUGAGGAGCAUGUACACGAGACACAUCAUGGCCACAAAACAACAACUUCUGUGCAUGGAGAGGAAACGGAGGAAAAAGAAAGGAAAGGUAUCUUGGCCUUGUAGAUGUAUAUAUUGUAGUUUAGUAUGAAGUUGCUCAA